AUGGCUGGUAGCCGCCGCCCCCGCUUCGGCGCAGUCCCGGCUCCCGUGCGCGCCGCGUUGCCCUGGCCCUGGAGGCCGGGGUAUGGGCCAGGGGCGCGGGGCAAGGCGGCUUCUCACGAGGUGGCGACCAGCACCGGCUUCGGCAUGAAGACCCUCAUCGCCGCCUACUCCGGGGUCCUGCGAGAUAGGAGACUGGAACCCAGAGAAAUGAAUUGCCUUGGCCAUGGUUACCCAGAGACAAUGGUAGAGCCCCAAGGUCUGGGACUGGAACGUCAAGGUCUGCUGCCUGGAGACCUGUGCCUCGCUUGCCCUCUGAAAGGAAGAACUGGCUCCAGCAUCCUCUCGGCCCUCCAGGACCUCUUCUCCAUCACUUGGCUCAAUAGGUCUAAGGUGGAAAAACAGCUCCAAGUCAUCUCAGUGCUACAAUGGGUCCUCACCUUCCUAGUGAUGGGAGUGAUGUGCAGUGCCCUCCUCAUGUACACGUUCUGCACCGACUGCUGGCUCCUCUCUGUGCUCUACUUCACCUGGCUGGCAUUUGACUGGAACACGCCCAAGAAAGGUGGCCGGAGGUCACAGUGGGUCCGCAACUGGGCUGUGUGGCGCUACUUCCGAGACUACUUUCCCAUCCAGGUACAGCGUGGGGCCACUUUGGGAGGGAGAGUGGGAGGGAGCCUGUGUGGAUUCUGGAUGCAGCCCUUCAGGCACCCAUCCAGCAGUGAAAAGUUCCCUGGCAUACGGCCCUACCUGGCCACGCUGGCUGGCAACUUCCGGAUGCCUUUGCUGAGGGAGUACCUGAUGUCAGGAGGCAUCUGCCCUGUCAACCGGGACACCAUAGACUACCUGCUUUCCAAGAACGGGAGUGGCAAUGCCAUCAUCAUUGUCGUUGGAGGUGCUGCGGAAUCUCUGAGUUCCCGGCCUGGCAAGAAUGCUGUCACCCUGCGCAACCGCAAAGGCUUCGUGAAGCUGGCCCUGCGCCAUGGAGCUGACCUGGUUCCCACCUACUCCUUUGGUGAGAACGAAGUGUACAAGCAAGUGAUCUUUGAGGAGGGCUCGUGGGGCCUCUGGGUCCAGCAGAAGUUCCAGAAGUACAUCGGCUUUGCCCCCUGCAUCUUCCACGGCCGAGGCUUCUUCUCCUCCAACACCUGGGGGCUGGUGCCCUACUCUAAGCCCAUCACCACUGUCGUGGGUGAGCCCAUCACCAUCCCCAAGCUGGCGCAGCCCGCCCAGAAGGACAUCGACCUGUACCACGCCAUGUACGUGGAGGCCCUGGUGAAGCUCUUCGACAACCACAAGACCAGCUUCGGCCUCCCAGAGACGGAGGUCCUGGAGGUGAACUGACCCUGCCCCCGGGCACCUGGAAGGAACCAGCUGCCAACUGUUUCUCUGCCAAGUUCUCGAGCACUUUUUGUUCUGUAAAUUUGGAAGCAUCAUGGGUGUCUGUGGGUUAUUUAAAAGAAAUUAUACUAAUUUUGUUUAAACCAUUACAAUGUUAGGUCUUUUUUAAGGAGGAAAAGUGACUUUCAAGUUCCCGUUCUAGGUGGUGGCCAUGACACGACCGGGCCUUUCUGGCUAGGUUGGGGGUGGGAGGGCAGCUGACCCCUCCGGCCAGGGAGGUGGUCGCUCUUGGCCCUUGGAGGUGGGCAGAACCGCUUCCAGCAACAGCUCCUCCCCUCAGCGGUGUGCCUCAAGCUUGGUUCUCUUCUCACCUCCUGUGUCCAUGGACUGCUCCAGCCCUCCCGCAGUCCAGGCUCGGCUCUCAGAACUAAGCCUGGCCGGGCAUGGUGGUGGCAGGGGCACCACAUUGGCCAAAGCACCAUCUUUUGGAAUGACCAGGUUUUCCUUAGAAGUCCUGAGACGCAGCCUGGUGCCAGGGCAGGAAGCCCUCAAAGCCGACCCCCACCUUUGUGCCUUUCUGAGGAAGAAGGUCAGCUGCCCCCCUCUGUGUUGUCUUCUCUUGAUGAGCUCCUUGUGCCAUGGGUGACCUGUGGAUAUCCCUAUCCAAAUAAAUGAACAAGAGAGUC